ACGCCACCAAAAUUCGGUGUUUUCUCUGUGCUCUCGCCUUUGCUUUGGUGAAUCGCGAGGGAGAGAGGACUGCAACCAUGCCCGGAAUCCUUCUGGGGGACGUGCUCCCAAACUUUGAAGCCAACACAACCGUCGGCAAAAUCAAAUUUCAUGACUUCCUAGGAACCUCAUGGGGCAUCCUGUUCUCUCACCCCCGGGACUUCACCCCUGUGUGCACCACCGAGCUGGCCUGCGCAGCCAAGAUCAGCGACCAGUUUAAGAAGCGCGACGUGAAGAUGAUCGCCCUCUCCAUCGACAGCGUUGAGGACCACCGCACUUGGAGCGAGGAUGUGAUGGCGUUCCACGCCAACAAGGCUGGCACCCCUCUGCCCUUCCCCAUCAUCGCUGACGACAAGCGAGAGCUGUCUGUGCUGCUGGGCAUGCUGGACCCUGACGAGCUGGACAAGGAUGGGCUCCCCCUCACUGCCCGCUGUGUGUUUGUGAUUGGCCCGGACAAGAAGCUGAAGCUGUCCAUCCUCUACCCCGCCACGACGGGACGCAACUUUGACGAGAUCCUCCGGGCCAUCGACUCUCUGCAGCUGACCGCCCAGAAGAAGGUUGCCACACCCGUCGACUGGAAGCCCGGUGACAAGGUCAUGGUCAUCCCCUCCCUGUCAGACGCUGAAGCCGCCUCCCUCUUCCCCAACGGUGUGACCACCAAAGAGGUGCCUUCUGGGAAGAAAUACCUGCGCUACACUCAGCCCUGAGGAAGACGGUAGUGAUGUCACUUCCUCCACACGGUCCCGUUUGGGGCCCUGUCAACGUAGCCUAAGGGGGGGGACCCUGUCAUUUCCUGGUUUUAGUUCUCAGUCCUGAUAGGUGCAUUCUUCUCCUGGUUGUCCAGAUGCAUCCAGGUAGCAUGUACUGUAGGAGGUCUAGAUUCGCUAACCAUGACAUUGUCUGUGUACAGUGCCUUAACUUUACUUCAAUAAAAACCUUCAUACAAGGCUGUUUAA